UUGAAACAACACCGUUCGUCGUCUGCACACUUGAGUUCAGAAAGCAGAGGGACACAGAAAAGAAAAAACAGACCACAGCGGAAGAGUCCACUUUUUCUGCAACUAAAGCUAACUUCGAUAAACACCGUCCGUUCGUGAGGAGCGAGGCGGUUUGUACCUUCACAGCAGGUGGACGUCGUCUUUGUUGCGCCGUCGUCGAAGAAGAAGUUAAAAAAAAAAAAAAAAAAUGGCCAACUCUGGUCUGCAGAUUUUGGGUUUCGCCCUGGCCCUUAUCGGCUUAAUUGGAUUGAUAAUUGGCACGAUUUUGCCCCAGUGGAAGAUGUCCGCUUACGUUGGGGACAACAUCAUCACGGCGAUAGCCAUGUACGAGGGACUGUGGAUGUCGUGUGCCUUCCAGAGCACAGGCCAGAUCCAGUGCAAAGUGUACGACUCCAUCCUGCAGCUCAACAGCGCCCUCCAGGCAACUCGUGCCCUCAUGAUCGUGGGCAUCCUCGUAACAGCGGCCGGCCUGGGCGUCGCCUGCAUGGGAAUGAAGUGCACCAACUGUGGAGGAGAUGACAAAACGCGCAAAUCCCGCAUUGCCAUGGUUGCUGGAAUCAUCAUCCUGCUUGGAUCUCUGUGUGCCACUGUCGCCUGCUCUUGGUACGCUCACGAUAUCAUCCAAGCCUUCUACAACCCUUUCACCCCUGUCAAUAUCAAGUUCGAGUUUGGGUCAGCCAUCUUCAUUGCCUGGGCCGGAGCCUUCCUCGCUAUCGUGGGAGGGGGCAUGCUGGCAGCGUCCUGCCCAAGAGAAAAGUCAACGCCCAAGUAUCCCAUCUCCAGACCUCCAAGCAGCAAAGAAUACGUUUGAUCGGUCAGAAGCAACACUUUGACUUUCAUGCUAGUCUAACUCUGAUAUUGAAACAUUGAAAAGAUGUUUCCCAGUUUUUUUUAUUUUAGUUUCUUCAGGACUUCCCUGUGAUGUUACUGUAAUAUGUCAAACACAUUAAAGUUUUUAAUAAUGGCUGUUUACUUCCUAAACAGUUUAUUGGCCUUGCCCUGUCCAGAGCUACCGUUGGUGCUGACUCAUUGUAUGCUAUGUCGUAUAGUUCAUUUAAUUGGCACCUAUUAAACACUAAGUUAAAUAUUAAGUUGAAACUCACACAGUUUACAACUACAGUGAUUUGGUGAAAACGUUGUUUGAAUGCACUGAUUAUAAAUCUGAUGUGGCAAUGGACAGCUCUUCCACCACCUGUGACUAUAGGUCAAACGCAGUCCAUAGUUUUAGCACUUGAGAAACAAUUUGCUUCCAUUUAUUUGUGCUUUUUAUUUAUAUGAAAACUACAACUCAUUCAGUGCCAUUGUUGACCAUUUAGAUUUAAGAAAGUGCUGGAGUGACAUUUUAACAAUAAAUUAAAGUAUCCUGAAUCCUUUUACUCAACUUGCCAACGUUUGUUGCCAUACAUGCAGAAUGACAGAUGUGAGCCAUCCAUUUCUUACCAUUUAGGAAUAGACCAUGAUUAUUUCUUCUGUUUUGAUUUUAAGUCUCAAAAAGUUAUGCUGUAUUGAUUUUUUAUUAUUUUUUACUUUUGAAAAAAUGUUUGUUGUACAUAAAAUAAAAAUGAGAAAUGUA